GGUUGAUGGGCGUUGCACUAACCAGUUAAGGCAGGUGGCUGACACUGACCCUGCCUGCUUUAGGAGCUGGCCCUUUGUGAAUGAAUACAGAGCUGUGAGCAGCUGACAGAAUGCAUGCAAUAUCACACAGAGUGCCAGCAGAAGGAGGGCUCCGAGUCUCCCUGCAUCUCCAUCCUACCCACACAUUGUUGAAAAGCAUUCCUAUCACUGACAGUGGGAGCCGCAUCGCAGCUUGUGGACUCUGAGGAUCAUCUGACAGAUAGCUUUGACGUAGGGGGCUGCCUUACCCUCAGAAUAAAAGCUUAGAAUAAAAAGCAGAGCUGGACUCACUCACAAUCCUUCCUUCUCACAGACUCCAAGUGACCUGAGCUGGACAUGAACUCUGAUCAGGAGCCAGGGAUCACAGUCUGGUGGGAGAAGCACUUCACUGCAACUUCUCCUGGGGUCCAAACAUUUCUUUUAAUUUAUACUCUUCUUAAGACAGGUCCAUGUGACCUGGCCGUGAGCCUGGAGUUCUAAGGAUAUUUAUCACCAAUGCAUUGAUGAGUUGAUGAGAUGGGAGGGUAGAAUCAGGUCUCUCCGAUUGUUCUUUCGUUUCUCAUUGAUUACAAGUAGUCUGGGAAGCUGAGAUCAUGUCUCUGCUGGGAAAAGAAAUUGCUUUUAUUCAAGGACUUCCAAGUUUCUCUCUCAUUGUGGACCAUGGGAGAGCGAGAGUGGUUUAUUGGUAGUAGAUGGUGUGCCAGCCUGGAGUCCUGGUAAGCUGGAGCUCUGCAGUGCUCCUUAUGGGAUCUAACUCAGGAGGCUUCCACUGCCACCCAAUCCAUUGUCUACUUGGGGUGACUUUCCCAGGUUCCAGCACAAACUAGGAUGGAAUGGAACAUCACAGUAACUGCAAAUGUUAGCUCAGGGGAAGAUAAUUUGGGCAAACACAGAUUCUCGGUCUUCAGUGUCCUCAUAUUAACUCUGCUGGCCAUGCUAGUGAUUGCCACUUUCCUGUGGAAUGUCCUAGUCUUAGUGACCAUCCUGAGGGUGAGAACUUUCCAUCGAGUCCCCCACAAUCUGGUGGCUUCCAUGGCCAUUUCUGAUGUGAUGGUGGCUGCCUUGGUGAUGCCCCUGAGUUUGGUGCAUGAGCUCAAUGGCAGGCGCUGGAGGUUGGGCAGGGUACUCUGCCACAUCUGGAUCUCCUUCGAUGUCCUCUGCUGUACAGCCAGCAUCUGGAAUGUCACUGCCAUCGCCUUGGACAGAUACUGGUCCAUCACCAGACACCUUGAAUAUACCCUGAAGACCAGAAAGAGGAUCUCCAACAUUAUGAUACUGCUAACCUGGCUGCUGUCUGCAGUCAUCUCUCUCUCCCCUCUUUUUGGAUGGGGGGAGACCUACUCAGAGGUGGAUGAAGAGUGCAAAGUUAGUCAGGAACCAUCCUACACAAUCUUCUCUACCUUUGGAGCUUUUUACCUCCCACUCUGCGUGGUCCUUUUUGUGUACUGGAAAAUCUACAAGGCAGCAAAAUUUCGGAUUGGGUCUAAAAAGACCAACACCAUCACACCCAUGCCAGAGGUGAUACAGGUAAAAGAGGCAUCUCACCAGCCCCAGAUGGUAUUUACUGUCAGACAUGCAACCGUCACCUUCCAGACUGAUGGGGACACCUGGAGGGAACAGAAAGAGAAGAAAGCUGCUCUCAUGGUGGGAAUCCUUAUUGGAGUUUUUGUUCUCUGUUGGAUUCCCUUCUUUAUCACAGAACUAAUUAACCCUUUGUGCUCAUGUGACAUACCGCCAAUCUGGAAAAGUAUAUUCUUAUGGCUGGGUUACUCAAAUUCAUUCUUCAAUCCUCUGAUCUACACUGCCUUUAACAAAAAUUACAACAAUGCGUUUCGAAACUUAUUCUCCAGGCAACGAUGACCAAUUACUACGGUUUGCCUGAGAAGUCUUCUUAUCAAAAGAUUCUAAGAAUUGAAUGAAUGUUAUAACUCCAUCCAAGUUCUACAAACACUGUGUGAUAUUGAGGACAUAAGUGAACUGUGAUAAAAUAUGCAAUCAGGGAUAUGACUGCCAUGUCUUUGGUAGAAGAUACAUGCCCAUAUUUCUGAGGAAAAUAAUAUGGCCCCUUGCGGGUGGAUUACGUGGUGUGGUGGGUAACUACGACUCAACUACCAGACCAACAGCCAUCCAUUGUGUCUGGUGUUGGCUUUGAAAUCUUCUGAUAGUGUCAUCCUGUCAUGCUUAUGACAGCUGUCUGCGUUCCAAUGCCACAUCAUCUACAGAACCACUUGGCAAGCAGAAGUGUCAAUCACUUAUUUUUGUCCACCACUGAAAGACAAUUUGCUUCCUAAGACGAUUUCCUGACAUAUGUGACAAAUAAAAGGAUCAUUCUUAUUGGGAAAUCAUACAAAUUCAAGAACAGCGGAUUUCAAACAAGCUAAAAAUAGUCCUCAAAAAAUUAGACAUAAUUAAGUAAACACAUUACAUGUCCUACAUGGCUAAUUAAGAUGUUUGUUUAUUUCACUGGUGGGUUGCCCAAUGAUCUGAUAUUUGUAAUUUCUUACUGAGUACAAAAACAUUGAGUUAUGCACACUGAAACUUUUAAUAAAGUCUGGUAUCUAGACAUAA